GACUGUGUACUGAUGUUCAGAUGCACUCGCGCGCUCAGAGUGUGUGUGUGAUUUGGACAGGAGAGCAUGCAGCGUCCCCGGGAUUAUUAAUCAGCAUAAUCGACCUUUUUAUUGAUCGGUGAUGGAGACCCGUCCUUCUCCUGGCCGCGCGCUUCUCUGCGGGCGCUGAUGGACCUCGUUCUGGAGGAUGACCAUGGCUUCUUUGGCCGACAGUCUGGUGACCUCUGACCCCGCCAAAUCCGCCUUUCUGGAGUUCAGUCACGGUCACGGAUACCCGGCUCGCGCGCAGCCUUACACGCACUAUCCCGCCCACGCGCUGCACGAGCCCGCGGGUUCCAGCGCAGGGCACUACGGGUACCAGAGUGCGCCGCCCGCGCGUGCGUUCCUACCUCAUGGAGGAGGCCUUGGGCACGCUGGGACAGGACAUCCUGAGAAAUCAGCAGUGAUAGAGAAUGGAGAGAUCAGAUUAAAUGGAAAAGGAAAAAAGAUCCGGAAGCCCAGAACCAUUUACUCCAGCUUCCAGCUGCAGGCGCUCAACCAGCGCUUCCAGCAGACACAGUACCUCGCCCUGCCGGAGAGAGCAGACCUAGCAGCUAAACUGGGGCUAACGCAGACGCAGGUGAAGAUAUGGUUUCAGAACAAACGGUCCAAAUACAAAAAAAUAAUGAAACAUGGCUCAGGUGGACAUGAAGGAGAACACCUUCAAGCAGCUGCAGCUUCAGGAACUCAGUGUUCACCAGCCAUGCCUCCAUUAUGGGACGUUUCAAUGCCAAACAAUGGUGCCCCCAUCCACACUGGAGGAUAUAUGAACUCUUUUGGGCACUGGUACCCAAGCCACCAUCAGGACUCUGUUUGGCCUGAACUCAAAUGAUUUGUGGGAUGAGCAAAACUCAUUUAAUUUUGAUGACCACAGCACGAUUCAACAUUUUAUCUACUCCAAGAGGCUCAGAUAAGUACCAAAGAUAUUCUACACACAGGCUUCCCCUUGCAAUUUCCCUUUACCAUGAAGACUGAUGAUACAGAACUGUCCUCUUUCAUAUAUGAGCUUUGGGAUUACUCAAAAAGACUGUGGUGUGAUGUUCUUCUGAAUAUGGAUUUUCUAAAAUGCAUGUUUUGAAUAAAAUUCUGAUUCUGA